AUGUCUAGCCGAAGAUCACGAUCACGACAAUCAGGAUCUUCAAGAAUCUCGGAAGAUCAAAUCGAUGAGCUCGUUUCCAAGCUGCAACAACUUCUCCCUGAGAUGCAUAAUCGUCGCCUGGACAAGAGAUCAGCAGCUAAUGUGCUACAAGAGACUUGCAAUUAUAUUAGAAGCUUACACAGAGAAGUUGAUGACCUAAGCGAAAGGUUGUCUGAAUUGUUGGCUAAUGCAGACACAUCUCAGGCUGCUCUUAUUAGAACAUUACUCACACAGUAG